AUGUCUCUAGAAGGCGGAAAUUUCAUCAUAGACCGGCGCGAUUCACGCCAUCAGAUGCAUCCAACACAGGAUCCACCCAUAUUUUAUAACUUCUACGAAGAUCCUUCAUUCAACCUACCGGCCAACAACAACUCCAGAAAUUUUUACAUCAACAGUAAUGUAGCACCUCCUCCUCUCAACAACAAUCGCCCGAACUAUGGCUCUCUGAAUGACUUUUACGAUAGCGAAACGGCCAAGCUUAUUGGCGAUCAAUUUUCAAAAGAUUUGAAAAAUUAUUCGAGAGUAAAGCGAGCAACAGCAUGUAGGAGCGUUCUUAUCUCGCUAAUUUCGUCGGCGCUCUUCUCACUAGGAACCAGCAACAUUCUCAUAACCAUAUUCCACUUCGUACGUGAUUUGGAUUUAUGCCUUGGUUCCACUAACUCCUUCUUCACACCAUUCCUAUUGGCAAUAAUGAACAUGUUUGACCGGGAUCAUACAGUUGAUUCCAUGGCCAGAGUUAAAAGUAUCCAGAAAAAAUACUCUGAUAAUAAAAUUAAUCUCAUUGCCAUAAUUGUUCUUGUGGUUUGUGUGGCGGCUUUUGUCGCUUCUUCUGUAGAUGCCGCCAUGUCUUACAGUUGUUCGCUGGACACUCCAUUGAAACACCUUUCCAAGUUCAUCCUCCCCAUCCUCAUCAGCAUCUUUAUCGUCUUCCUCUUCAUCACCAUCAUCGCCGUAGUUUUCGUCAAGAAAUGCUGUAAUGAAUUUAACAAAAUGAGUGAAUAUGAUGAUGACGGUGAUGGUGGUGAUGGUGGUGAGAAUGAAGCUUUCAAUCUGGUAGCUAGGCAGAAGAAAUAUUCCAAGCCAGGUGAGCCCAUCGUCAGUAACCUGCCAAGCACACCUGUCCAGGCCUUCAACUAUCCCAACUUGCAAACUUACUGGAAGACACCUAUCGUGCAUUUUGCUGGCCCGAUUAAACCCAGCAGGUCGCUACGAGUCUCCAAUGAAGUUCAUAAUGUCGUAGCGUUGUUUCCGCCAUCAACCAGCUGA